GCUUUCGUGGAGGCCCAGAACAAGAUUACUGUGCCGUUUCUUGAGCAGUGUCCUAUCAGAGGUUUAUACAAAGAGAGAAUGACUGAACUGUAUGACUAUCCCAAGUAUAGUUGCCACUUCAAGAAAGGAAAACGGUAUUUUUAUUUUUACAACACAGGUUUGCAGAACCAGCGAGUAUUAUAUGUACAGGAUUCCUUAGAAGGUGAGGCUAGAGUGUUCCUGGACCCCAACACACUGUCCGACGAUGGCACGGUGGCGCUCAGAGGUUACGCGUUCAGUGAAGAUGGUGAAUAUUUUGCCUAUGGUCUGAGUGCCAGUGGCUCAGACUGGGUGACGAUCAAGUUCAUGAAAGUCGAUGGUGCCAAAGAGCUUCCAGAUGUGCUUGAAAGAGUCAAGUUCAGCUGUAUGGCCUGGACCCAUGAUGGGAAGGGAAUGUUCUACAACUCAUACCCCCAACAGGAUGGAAAAAGUGAUGGCACAGAGACAUCCACCAAUCUUCACCAAAAGCUCUGCUACCAUGUCUUGGGGACCAAUCAGUCAGAAGAUAUUUUGUGUGCUGAGUUUCCUGAUGAGCCUAAGUGGAUGGGUGGAGCUGAGUUAUCUGAUGAUGGUCGCUAUGUCUUGUUAUCAAUAAGGGAGGGAUGUGACCCAGUAAACCGACUCUGGUACUGUGACCUACAGCAGGAAUCCAAUGGCAUCACUGAAUGGGUUGCUUGUGUCAGGUCCAACUUUUUGGUCUUAUGCUACCUCCAUGAUGUGAAGAAUGUUCUGCAGCUCCAUGACCUGACUACUGGUUCUCUCCUCAAGACCUUCCCGCUCGAGGUUGGCAGCAUCGUGGGGUACAGCGGUCAGAAGAAGGACUUCGAAAUCUUCUAUCAGUUUACUUCCUUUUUAUCUCCAGAAUGGGUUGCUUGUGUCAGGUCCAACUUUUUGGUCUUAUGCUACCUCCAUGAUGUGAAGAAUGUUCUGCAGCUCCAUGACCUGACUACUGGUUCUCUCCUCAAGACCUUCCCGCUCGAGGUUGGCAGCAUCGUGGGGUACAGCGGUCAGAAGAAGGACUUCGAAAUCUUCUAUCAGUUUACUUCCUUUUUAUCUCCAGGCAUCAUUUAUCACUGUGAUCUUACCAAAGAGGAACUGGAGCCAAGAGUUUUCCGAGAGGUGACUGUAAAAGGAAUCGAUGCUUCUGAUUACCAGACGAUCCAGAUUUUCUACCCUAGCAAGGAUGGUACAAAGAUUCCAAUGUUUAUUGUGCAUAAAAAAGGCAUAAAACUGGAUGGCUCUCAUCCUGCUUUCUUAUAUGGCUACGGUGGCUUCAACAUAUCAAUCACACCCAACUACAGUGUGUCCAGGCUUAUUUUUGUGAGACACAUGGGCGGUGUCCUUGCGGUGGCCAACAUUAGAGGAGGUGGCGAAUAUGGAGAGACGUGGCAUAAAGGUGGUAUCUUGGCCAACAAACAGAACUGCUUUGAUGACUUUUUGUGUGCUGCUGAAUAUCUGAUCAAGGAAGGUUACACAUCUCCCAAGAGACUGACUAUUAACGGAGGUUCAAAUGGAGGCCUCUUAGUGGCUGCUUGUGCAAAUCAGCGUCCUGAUCUCUUUGGUUGUGUUAUUGCCCAAGUUGGAGUAAUGGAUAUGCUGAAAUUCCAUAAAUACACCAUCGGUCAUGCCUGGACCACUGACUAUGGGUGUUCAGACAGCAAACAACACUUUGAAUGGCUUGUCAAGUAUUCUCCUCUGCAUAACGUGAAGUUGCCGGAGGCAGACGACGUGCAGUACCCUUCCAUGCUUCUCCUCACUGCCGACCAUGACGACCGUGUGGUCCCACUUCACUCCCUGAAGUUCAUUGCCACCCUUCAGCACAUCGUGGGCCGCAGCCGGAAGCAGAGCAACCCCCUGCUCAUCCACGUGGACACCAAGGCAGGCCAUGGGGCAGGGAAGCCCACAGCCAAAGUGAUAGAAGAGGUGUCAGACAUGUUUGCAUUCAUAGCGCGGUGCCUGAACAUUGACUGGAUUCCAUAAGUGGAAUGUCCUGCUCCAUCCUGCCAGCCACAGAAAACCUCAAGGGCUUUCACACCGUUCAAACCAAGAAACCACUGGGCAUAAUGCUUCCCCACAUGAACACUGUUCCUGCACUCACAGACUACAGUUGAACAGAACUACCGUGGGAAUUUUAUCUUUUUUAGGCUUCUCCUUUUUAGCAAGCCCUUGGCGUUUCUUUUUCCACCCUGUCCAGGCAUAUGUUUUAAAAAAAAAAAAAGGCAUGUUUGGAUAAAUAGCUAAAUGGCCGCAAACAUGUUGUGAAUAUUAGAUUGCUGAAUUAAGGGUCGUAGUCUAGCAUACUUCAUAUAUAACACCUCAGUGAAAUUUGCUUCUAUAACCAUAACCUAUAUCUCUUUAAAUAAAUGUGGGAACUGUUCUCAUGAAAAAGACUUGUUUGCAAAAUAAUAAAUAUUUAAGAAUGGGA